AUGUUCAGAAAAUUUUCUAGAGAGGAUGUGCACUCCAGGUCUAAUGUCAAAUCUUCAGUCCAGCGAACUUUGAAAACAAAACUGGUGUCUCAAUUUCCCGAUUUGGAACCUGUCAUCGAUGAAUUGAUUCCCAAAAAAAGUCAGGUCGAACUCUUCAAGUGUGAAGAUAAAAUUCAACUAUAUUGCGUUGAUGGAGAAGUUUUGUUCUUUCAAAAAUUCAAUGAGUUGAUUCCUACACUAAAAUUUGUGCAUAGGUUUCCACAAGCUUUCCCCACUGUCCAGGUCGAUCGCGGCGCAAUCAAAUUUGUGUUGUCAGGCGCCAAUAUUAUGUGCCCUGGACUGACAUCACCGGGAGCUCACUUGCCUGAGGCGCCUGGUUUUGAAAACGAUAGUCUCGUCGUCAUUACAGCUGAGAACAAGGAGAGUGCUUUAGCAAUCGGAAGACUACUUAUGAGCACAGAAGACAUCAAAUCCAUUAAUAAGGGCCAUGGUGUUGAGCUUUAUCAUCACCUGGGUGAUUGCUUAUGGCACUUCAACGUUGACUGA